AUGGGAUUAAAAAUGUCAGAAUCAGCUAAACCAUACUUUGCAAUGGUUUGUCUUCAGUUCGGUUACGCCGGUAUGAACCUGAUCACUAAAACCGUUCUUGACCGUGGUAUGAGCCACUACGUUCUAGUUACAUACCGCAACGCUUUUGCCACAGCCGUGAUCGCACCUUUUGCAUUUCUCUCCGAAAGGAAAGUGAGGUCAAAGAUGACGUUCCCAAUAUUCAUGCAAAUAUUUGUUCUUGCUCUUCUCGGGCCUGUGAUUGAUCAGAACCUAUACUACAUCGGUCUGAAACUCACUUCUCCGACGUUUUCCACGGUCGUCAGUAACAUCAUGCCCGCUCUUGUCUUUAUUCUCGCCACUCUUUUCAGGAUGGAAAAAGUGGAGAUUAGAAAAGUAAGAUGCCAAGUAAAAGUGGUGGGGACAUUAGUGACAGUGGUUGGAUCCAUAUUGAUGAUAUUAUACAAAGGUCCUUUCAUCAAUUUCUUCCGAUCUCAAUCCACCACCGCCUCUCCGCCGCUCGCCGGUGAUUAUCUCAAAGCCACAGUCUUCCUCCUCCUCGCCUCCCUCUCAUGGGCUUCAUUUUUCGUUCUUCAGGCAUCGACUUUGAAGAAAUACUCAGCUCACCUCUCUUUAUCAACCAUGGUCUGUUUCGUGGGAACGUUGCAAUCUUUAGCCCUAACUUUCGUAAUGGAACACAAUCCUUCGGCUCUGAACAUUGGUUUUGACAUGAACCUUCUAGCUUCUGCAUAUGCGGGAAUAAUGUCAUCGAGCAUAGCUUACUACAUUCAAGGACUUAUGAUGCAGCGAAAGGGGCCUGUCUUUGUCACUGCUUUUAACCCUCUUGUCGUAGUCAUUGUCUCCAUAAUGAGUUUCUUCGUUCUCGGCCAAGGGAUCUACCUUGGAGGGGUUAUUGGAGUAGUUGUUUUGACGGUGGGAGUCUACGCCGUGUUAUGGGGCAAACACGUAGGUGAUGAUGGUGAAGCAAUAUGCCUUCAAGAUAACACGACUUUAGAAGCCGUUAAAUGUUGUAGUGGCAAUAAUGGUCUCUCCAUGAUGCCUAAAAUCGACGAAGCUGAUGAGGAUGUUGAAACCGGGAAAGUUAAGGCUGAUCAAGAGAAGGAAUCAUCGGUGGUGGUUGUGGUUUUUUGUAGUGAAAAUGUGGAUAACGUUUCACGACGUUAACUAGAUGGCUUUUUUGUUUUGUUUGAGGCAAAGUUAGGAGAAGAGUCACUUAUUUUUGGUACUUGUAAGCUUGAAUUACUUCCCCUCCUUCAAAAGUUCUAUUUAAUUAGAGGUUUUGACUUAUUAGAGUAACUUAGUAUUCCAUUUUGAUCUCUAACUAGCUAUAAGCUUAUGUAAAUCACUGCAUUUGGUAUUAAUAUGCAACUACUACAUAUUUUACUCGUUUGUAAAUGAAUAAACAUGGGAGUUUCUUAUAA